GAAUUUUUAAGGCUGGAUAUAAGAGUUGUAUUUCAAUGAGAGUGAAGAAGAAUAGCUUUUGCAAAGGGUAUUGUGGAUGUGGUAUCAUUUUUCUAAGAAAAAAGACAAAACAUAUUAUGAGUUUGGUAUAAAAGGAACACAGGCAUACAUCUUUUACCAUUCACACCUUGCCAUCAACCAAGAAUCAUCAGCGCACAAUCUGCAAUCACGAAAAAUGGCAUGCAAAAUUGCAGCAUUAUCAAUAUUUGGAUGCUUUGUCGUAGUCACCAUGGCAGCUGAAAUGCGACAAGCAACGGAAAAGGAAAAUUUUGUAACUGAUGAAGAAGCGAAGAAAAACCUUGAAAUGAUUGAAUAUUAUGUCAACAAAACAAAGAUGACACCAUAUGAUAAUUUCAUCAUUUCGUCUGGUUUAAACAGAAUAAAACGUAAUGCAGUCCCAGGAAGCAAUGAGCACUGGUGUUGCCAAGAAGACCCUGUGUUUGGUAAGGAGUACAAUACUCGAACAGAGGGAGUGUAUAAACCAGUCACAAAGAUCCGUAGAAGUCAAACUAAAUGUGGCUUUGGUGGAUGGAAAAGAUGUGUAGUAGACAGGACCUAUACGACUUUGGAGGUGACCUACAAAAGUGUUAUUGACACAAGAGAAUUUCGUCAAAGUGAAUGGACCCAAGGAUGCCCCAGCCUUAAAGUCACUUGCUGUCGGGGUUUCAUUUUGAAUAAACCUGUUAAUCAAUGCAUGACUAUUGAUGAAAUCGAGGCUCUAGGACGAGUGCUAAAACAAAAUGGAGGAGAAGCUCUGUGUCUCAUGCAGAUAUUAGGUGGAGGAACAUGUCAAAUGAAUAAAAAAUAACUUCCAGAUGUAAACUUCUCAUUUAUGCAAUGCUGACUUCUUCUCUCUGCAGAUGUUAAAACCUCUCCACCUAGUUGUUUUGUGGCUUGUUACAUUUACUGUUGUCAUUGCUAUGUAAUUAAUAAUGAGUGGAACAAAGCAAUUUUGAAAUGGUAUAAACAUAUAUAUUCGGUCUCUAUUUUCAUUGAUCAUGUUGCUCUUCAAUAAAAGAGAUUUAAUCAUAUGUCUGCAGAGAGGAAUAUAGACCACUGAAUGAAACUGCUAGGAGAAUGCAAACAUAGGCGCACAAAAAGCAACACUGGUGCAUUACAGUGCUCCCCCAGGAGGAGGAUUGGAGGAUUUUGAUUUUUUUAGUGCAACAAUUUAGCAUUUUGUAAAUUUUUGUGCAGCAUUUUAUGAUUUUGUAAUUUUUUGUGCAACAUUUUACGAUGUGCAACAUAUUAGAAUUCCUUUAUUUUUUAUUGUAACAUUUCAGAGGCGCAUCUAAUUGUUGUAAUACUAGCUAAGCAAAGGCUAUAUUUUAUGUCCAGUUUGGUAAUGAAAACUACAAUAUACUGCAUGUCAAUUGUGGUAAUAUAAAUUUAAAAUAAAUGCUUUGUCGUUUGAGUUAUGAUACAGUAAAACCUGUGUAUAUUG